CAGAGCUUCUUUGGGGGUGGGGACUUCUGGAUAGAAGCAAUCAUAAGAAACAGUGGCAAGUCUUUCUGACUGAGCAAGGGGUAGCAGGAAGUACAGCUCAUUCGGCCUUGGAGUUUGGAUUGUCAGUUACAACUAAGGACGACCAUCAGACAUCAGACACAAUGGGUUCUUCAGCAUAAAUGAAGCUUUUCCCUUUUGCCAUACUCUACGAUGACCGUUGAACCACUCAUUAGCCCCGGAAUAGAUUCCGUAAACCUCACUGGUUGUAUGAAUAAUUCUGUUUCUUUUUACAGUAUGAAACAGCCCUUAGUGGCGAGAACAGCAGCGGCCUACAGCAGCUGGCCUAUCACACCGUGAACCGCCGCUACCGGGAGUUCUUGAAUCUGCAGACCCGCCUGGAGGAGAAACCAGAUCUACGAAAGUUUAUCAAAAACGUGAAGGGUCCAAAAAAGCUCUUUCCAGAUCUCCCAUUUGGAAACAUGGACAGUGACAGAGUAGAAGCCCGGAAGAGCCUCCUGGAGUCAUUCCUGAGGCAACUCUGUGCCAUUCCUGAGAUUGCCAACAGUGAGGAGGUGCAGGAGUUCCUCGCUCUGAACACAGAUGCUCGGAUUGCCUUUGUCAAGAAGCCGUUCAUGGUCUCUCGGAUAGACAAGAUGGUGGUGAGUGCUAUCGUGGACACCUUGAAGACAGCGUUUCCUCGCUCUGAACCCCAGAGUCCCACAGAGGAGCUGAGUGAAGCCGAGAAUGAGAGCAAGCCCCAGACAGAAGGCAAGAAGGCUAGCAAGUCCAGACUGAGGUUUUCAUCCAGUAAAAUUGCCCCCGCGCUGAGUAUAGCUGAGGCACAGGACAAGAUUCUGUACUGCCUCCAGGAAGGCAAUUCGGAGUCAGAGGUCCUGUCCAUGUCUGGGAUGGAAUCUUUCAUUGAAAAGCAGACAAAGUUACUGCAAAUGCAGCCAGCGGAAGUCCCAGAUAAAGAGCCCCAGCAAGUCCCCAAAGAAUCCGUGGAUAGUGGUUUGCUGGAUAAAGCUGUGGUAUCCCAAGAGCUCAACAAGAAUGACCCAGGAACAGAGACAGAGUUAGCUGACACGGCCUUCGAUCUGAUCCUCCUGCUGUUAAUGGAGCAGUGGAAAUGGCUGUGUACCGAAAACAUGCAGAAGUUCCUCCGCCUUGUUUUUGGAACUCUGGUUCAGAGGUGGCUAGAAGUACAGGUGGCUAACCUAACAUGUCCCCAGCGCUGGGCACAAUACCUCCGCCUUCUUCGGGAAUCUAUCUGGCCUGGUGGAGUGCUGCCCAAGUUUCCACGGCCUGGAAGGACUCAGGCACAGAAAGCAGCUACUGAGAAGCAGGCUUUGCAGAGUUUGAUGGGUCUCCUUCCAGAUUUUUUAGUAGAAAUCUUGGGGGUGCACAAGUGCCAGCUGAGCUGGAGUCUUGUCUUGGAAUCAUUCCAGCAGCCCCUCAUCAACAGACAUUUGAUUUACUGCCUUGGAGACAUUAUCCUGGAGUUCCUGGACCUCAGUGCCGCUGUUGAAGAGUGUGCCCCAACCACCUCUGCCUCGGAUUCCCCAGGCAGCCUCAAGAAGAUGGCGGUCUCCACUUAGCCAGGAGUUAUUCACACCAUCUCCAAAGACUUGAAAAGGAGAACUGUUCCACUUCCAGAGCAGCUACGAUGCCUGUGCCCUCUGGAGCUAGGCUAGCUUAGCUGGCCCCCGUCUCAGGGGCUCAGCUGCCCUACCAGGCCUCCCUCAGUAGCGUGUGACAGAGCUGCAUAGCCUCCUUGCAUGUGUAGCUGUUUCCACAGUCUUUGGCGUGUGGAUUGCUGUGGGGAGGUCUUGUUUCCUUGGGAACAGAAGCUAUGAGGCAGAGGCUUUUCCUUUGCCAUCUCGCCAUCGUGGUUUGCCAACAGCAUGGCCCUACGCGUGCAUGCACUUAAUCCACAAUGUACAAGUGGUAGGUAAUACAGAAGAAAGACUGUAGCCAGAUUUCCUGGGAGGAGAAAAUGGUCUCCUGAGCUCUCUUUUCCUACCUGGAAACUAAACAUUAGUUCAGGAUCACUCCCUCACCCUGCCUAGUUUCCCAACAAUUCCAGAAGAGGGAAGGAAAGUAUGUCUCCAGGGACUUGCUAUUUUCUGACACAGAGGACUUCUAAGGGGUGUCAAGAACACUGUUUCCUUGGGUGGCUAUACUUUUCCUGUCCUUCUGGCCUCAAAGCACGAUGUCAAACUUCUGGUAAUUCCACUCCACCCUUCACACCCUUUCCUGCGAGGGAUUACACAGCAGAUUUUCUUAACUUUCCUCCCAGUCCAUACCCAAGAGCAAAUGCGUUUUGGAUUUGUAACUUUCCCUCUAUCAACAGAAUCACAUGGCAGGUUACGUAUUUGGCCUCAGUAUUUCCAAAGAGAAGGGAAAGUACUUGUUCCAGGGCUGAGGGUGUACAAAGAAUAGAAGUCGGGGGAUCUGCGGGGAUCCUUCCACAAGACUUUGGCAAGAAUAAUAUAGCAGACUUGCAGGAAACAGAUUGUAGUUUCUGUUCCUUAAAGAUUGAGUUAGUCCUUAGGAGUCCAACACUAAAAGCAGAGCGCUCUGUGUCCACUGGAAAGAAGGAACAACUGAGAGCAGUUAGAAGGAAAGGGAGUUGGAGGAGAAGUCACAAGAGAAGUGCUGCUGCCCGGGAAAUGCAGGGCAGCCAUGGGAGUCCAUAGCCAACCCUCAGCUCAGUAGACCUGUGUGGCUCUGGCCUGGCUACACUAAACUACGGGAUCCACAUGAAUUAGGGUUAUGGAGAAAGCCUGUGAGAAUCGGGGAGGCAUCUAGAGCCAGCAGCAACACAGACUCUGAAGUAUGUGAUGAACACACAAUUAAAGUUGUUCAUAGAAAAGGGGUUGUGAAACUGUUACUCCCCUGCCCUGAGAGACUCCUAACUGGACAUUGUAAUGUGACUGGGAGGCUCGCCAUGCUGUUCUUACUUACAAGGAGAAAACAGUGAAUGAGAUAAAGUUUCAUUGCCUCUUCUGGUCUUGAAGCUUGGCUUGAUGUCUCCACAGUUCUUGAAGUAUCCCCUUCCCUAGGCCCGCAGAGGCAAAGGUAAUUCAGCAUGUUGUCCUCUGAGUGCCUGCUAGGGAUAUGGUUUCCGGGGACACCUUAGAGCUGAUCCUGUGGCUCCUAGGGUAAAGACUACUUCUGUAUUGGUGGAAUGAGCAACCCUGAUUUCUGAAAGUCUUCUCUCCCAACGCCCACCCCUUCACAUGGCCGUAGCCACCCGUGUGCAUUUGAACCUGCUAUUAGUUCUGGUGCACACAUGCACAAACACUGUUACUAACCCAACGCACCAUGAGUUCCUGUGGCAGUGAAGUCUAAGGGGUCUUUUCAUUCCUGCAGCCCAGAGAACGUCCUUAUGUUUCAUUUUAUAUAAGAGGAUCCAUUUUACUCCUCCUGCCCUCAAAAGAUAAGCUAUCCUAAAGAAAGAAAUAAUAUCAAAACCCAUCCAGCUUUGAAAAAGACCUGCGAAGUUUGAUAGCAGCUUCAGGCCACAAGAUCUCCAUCCUAUGGGAGAGCCACUGGCGUUAGAAUGACGCUCCAGGCUGGAAGUGGAAAAGCAGGGAGAACUGAGCCCACACUGGUCCACUUCAUUUCUUUCCUGUUUGGCCGUUUUAAGACUCAGUUUACUCAUUUAAGUCAGAAUAUUAAAAUCUGAAAUAAGACCAACACCCAUUCUGUCUUGAUUGCCCAUUUGUAGAAAGAUGAGGGAUGAGUGGAUACUGAGCUCUCUCUGGCAAUUUCUAAUUGCCAUCAUUGCUGUUAAUUAUUGAAGUUCAGGAACUCUGUAUGUAAUUAUGUAAUUUUAUAUAAGUACAAUAUAUAAUAGCCCACAAUUUUUAUUUCCAAGCUUUUGGAUUAGGUUUUGUAGAACCUAGAAUGAAAACACUCUCCUAAAUCUAAGCUUAGGAAAUGUGAAAUUUUUAAUAUUAAUGGAAGUUUCUAGCAUAUAACAUGAUCUUUUGUUGUAAGGGUGCCAUGGAAUUUUUUCUAUAAACACUGUUGCACACCACAUCUCUAGAACAUUUCCCUUGUGGAUAACACUAUGCUCAGUAAACAGCAAGCUCUCCUGUUCCCUGGAGGGUGGUGGUAUUUGACAGUCGCCAUUCCACAUUCUGUGUAUGUGCAUCUAUAAACUGCAAGUGAGUGGAGUUGUGCAGUGUUUGCCCUGUAACAGACUUAUUUCUCUUGGCAUUAUGGCCUCAGGUUCAUCUAUGCAUCACCAUGUGAAAAGUUCUUUCUUAGUCUCGACAAUGUUCUAUCAUACGGACAUGCCCCAUUUUCCUCCUCUUUGUCCAGUGUGGACAUUUAGGCUGCUUUCAUUUCUUGGCUAUUGUGAAUGCAAUGGAAAGGGGACUGCAAGUAUUUCUAUGGAUCCCCAGAUUCAAGACACUUUUCAGAUGUAUGUACCGCAAAGUAAGAUUGCUAGAUGAUAUAGUUGUAUUUGAGUAUUUGAAGCGUCUUCACACUGUUCUGUGUAGCCGCUAUAGUUCUACCAAGAGUGCCUAGAGGUGUAUGUGCAGUCACACAAUAAUGCCUCCCUCACAUGUGGGGUGCCGCUCCACUGUGGUCUUCAUCUGUAUAACCCUGAUCUUCUUGAGUCCUCUGUUUUACUCAGUCCAUUCCUUUCCCAAAAUCAAUAUAUGUGUGUGUGUGUGUGUGUGUGUGUAUGUAUGUAUAUAUAUAUAUAUAUAUAUGUGUGUGUGUGUGUGUGUGUGUGUGUGUGUGUGUGUAUAAUUAUUUAAUUACAUACAGCUUUCUUGAACUUCAAUAAAUAACAGCAAGAAUGGCA